CUCCCCCCCUUUUCUCGGCCCCUCCCCCCCUGCGCCCCACAGAAUCUAUGGGGCAGGAGGGGCCCCCCCACCCCACGCCGCGCCCCACAGAAUCUAUGGGGCAGGAGGGGCCUCCCCUGCCCAACCCUGGCGCCUUCGAGGAGUUCCAUCGGCGCUGCAAAGACCUUUUCCCGGCGCAGAUGGAGGGGGUGAAGCUCACCGUGAACAAAGGGCUCAGCAAUCACUUCCAGGUGAACCACGUGGUGGCUCUGAGCGCUUUGGGCGACUCCGGGUACCACUUCGGGGCCACUUACGUGGGGACGAAGCAGCUCAGUCCCACAGAGGCGUUUCCGGUGCUGGUGGGGGACAUGGACAACAGCGGCAGUCUCAACGCCCAAAUCAUCCACCAACUGACGGCGCGGCUGCGCUCCAAAGUGGCCUUCCAGACGCAGCAGUCGAAGUUUGUGAACUGGCAAGUGGACGGCGAAUAUCGGGGGGGCGACUUCACAGCCGCCCUGACUUUGGGGAACCCCGACAUCGUGGUGGGGUCAGGGAUCGUGGUGGCCCAUUACCUGCAGAGCGUGACGCCGGCGCUGGCCUUGGGGGGAGAGCUGGUGUGGCACCGCCGACCCGGCGAGGAGGGCGCCGUCCUCUCCAUGGCCGCCCGCUACGCAGCCCCGGACUGGAUCGCUACUCUCACUUUGGGCCAAGCGGGGGUCCACGCUACGUAUUACCAUCGCGCUAACGAGCAGCUGCAGGUGGGGGUGGAGCUGGAGGCCAACAGUCGCCUCCAGGAGAGCAGCGUUGGACUCGGGUAUCAACUGGACCUCCCCCGCGGACACCUCGUCUUCAGGGGGUCGGUGUCGAGCGCGGCGGUGGUGGGAGCGGCGCUGGAGAAGAAACUGCCACCGCUGCCGCUGACGCUGUCCUUGGGCGCCGCCAUCGACCACCGCAGGGACGCCUUCCGCUGCGGCUUCGGCCUCACCCUCGGCUGAGGGGGGGCCACCACGGGGGGGACCCCACCACCACCACCAGGGGCUCAUUAUGGGGUGGAGGACAUCAACCGACGUCGUUAUGGGGGGGAGGACCUCAACCGUCAUCAAGUGGAGAACCUCAACCAUAGCCAUCACCAAGUGGAGAACCUCAAUGGAUGUCAUUAUGGGGUGAAGGACCUCAAUUGAUGUCGUUAUCGGGUGGAGA